AUGGUGUACAACUAUACAAGGCCUAGGGCCCCUAUAGCGGCCAUGUACAAUAGCCCUGGACCGUGUUACGGUCUCCCGGGAAUGACUGGUAGACGAGACCACGAUCCACGGAGUGGCCAUCUAAAGGCAGCGUCCUUUUCUUUUGGAAUUCGUCACGGGAAGAUGAAGGAGGACAGUAGUCCUGGUCCUUGUUACUUCCUCACAAAGUACUAUCGUGAUGGUAAGGAUGGAACCCCACAAUACUCUGUGUACAGCCGCCAGAGGGAACCCGCCAUUUUUAAUGGCCCUGGUCCGGGAUCGUACAGCCCGCAAAAUGCCGGACCACAGGCCCGCUUCCGUGCUGCUUCGUACAGCUUCGGGGUCCGACAUCGAAACAGGAGGACUGACGACGUGCCUGCUCCUAACAGAUAUUCUCUCCCAUCUAUGACAGGAAAGACCAUACAAAGCGGUAAGAAGCAGGCCCCAAUUUACUCUAUGAAUGCUCGCCAAUCCCGGGGACACUUUAGUGAAGACCUUGCCAAUGCCCCCGGCCCCGGAACAUACAAUACCACUACACCCAGUACGUACAAAGAAAGAGCCCCAAUAUACAGCAUGACGGCGCGCAAUGCCAUGCCUGGAGACAGCACACAGAAGCCCGGUCCAGGGGCUCACUCCCCCGAGGUGGUUAAAAUCAACAAACGAGCGCCUCCAAACUUCAGCUUUGGAAUUCAACAUUCGCGCUACAUCGCGCCGCUCAUUGUUGAAGCGGAUUAG